AUGCCGGCGGUCAAGAAGGAGCUACCCGGCCGUGAAGACCUCGCUCUGGCUCUGGCCACCUUCCACCCGACCCUGGCAGCGUUGCCACUGCCGCCGCUGCCUGGCUACCUGGCGCCACUGCCCGCCGCGGCCGCCCUGCCCCCGGCCGCCUCGCUACCAGCCGCGACAGCGGGCUACGAGGCGCUGUUGGCCCCGCCGCUCCGUGCCCCUCGCGCCUACCUGAGCCUGCAUGAGGCCGCCCCGCACCUCCACCUGCCCAGAGACCCUCUGGCCCUCGAGCGCUUUUCGGCCACUGCGGCCGCGGCACCGGAUUUCCAGCCGCUGCUGGACAACGGCGAGCCCUGCAUUGAGGUGGAGUGCGGCGCCAACCGCGCGCUGCUCUACGUGCGCAAACUCUGCCAGGGCAGCAAGGGUCCGUCCAUCCGCCACCGCGGCGAGUGGCUCACACCCAACGAGUUCCAGUUCGUCAGCGGCCGCGAGACGGCCAAGGACUGGAAACGCAGCAUCCGCCACAAAGGGAAAAGUCUGAAGACGCUUAUGUCCAAGGGGAUCCUGCAGGUGCAUCCUCCGAUCUGCGACUGUCCCGGCUGUCGAAUAUCCUCCCCGGUGAACCGGGGGCGGCUGGCAGACAAGAGGACAGUUGCCCUGCCCCCUGCCCGGAUCCUGAAGAAGGAGCUGACCCCCAGCUUCUCAGCCAGUGAUGGCGACAGUGACGGGAGUGGCCCGGCCUGUGGGCAGCGGCUGGGCUUGAAGCAGGAGAACGAGCCGCAUGUCCAUAUCAUGAAGAGAAGAGUCCACACCCACUGGGACGUGAACAUCUCCUUCCGAGAGACGUCCUGCAGCCAGGACAGCGACCUUCCCACCCUCAUAUCCAGCGUGCAUCGCAGCCGCCACCUCGUUAUGCCUGAGCAUCAGAGUCGCUGUGAAUUCCAGAGAGGCAGCGUGGAAAUAGGCCUGGGAGCCGCAGGUGACCUGUUGGGCAAGAGGCUGGGUCGCUCCCCCCACAUCAGCAGUGACUGCCCUUUGGAGAAGAAGGCCCGAAGCAAGUCUCCUCAAGAGACUCUGUUGCUUCCGGAACUAGGGCCCAGCAUGGCCCCUGAGGAUCAUUACCGCCGGCUGGUGUCUGCCCUGAGUGAGGCCAGCACCUUUGAGGACCCUCAGCGUCUCUACCACCUGGGCCUCCCCAGCCAUGAUCUCCUGAGGGUCCGACAGGAGGUGGCAGCAGCAGCCGCGAGGAGCCCCAGUGGCCUGGAGGUCCACCUGCCCUCAUCCACAGCAGGUCAGCGUCGGAAGCAGAGCCUGGCUCAGCACAGAGACGGCACCGGCCCAGCUGGCGCCCCAUCCUUCUCAGAGAGGGAGCUGUCACAACCGCCCCCCUUGCUGUCGCCUCAGAAUGCCCCACACAUCGCUCUGGGCCCCCACCUCAGGCCCCCCUUUUUGGGGGUGCCCUCGGCCCUGUGCCAGACCCCAGGUUACGGCUUCCUGCCCCCUGCCCAGGCGGAGAUGUUCGCCCGGCAGCAGGAGCUCCUGCGGAAGCAGAAUCUGGCCCGGCUGGAGAUGUCAGCAGAGCUCUUGCGCCAGAAGGAGCUGGAGAGCGCGCACCGGCCGCAACUGCUGGCGCCCGAGGCCGCCCUGCGCCCGCCGGACGGUGCCGAGGAACUGCAGCGGCGCGGGGCCAUGUUGGUGCUGAGACACAGCUCUGCGCCGCUGCUGGCCCUGCCUCCCCAGGGUCCCCCGGGUCCCGGGUCCCCUACCCCACCCCGAGAGCCUGCCCGCCGAGCUCCUCGGAAAGGGGGCCCCAGCCCUGCCUCAGGCCGGCCCAGUGAGUCCAAAGAGACAACGGGAGCUGGACUCUGGGCACCAGACGGUUCUGAAGAUGAACCCCCCAAGGACUCAGACGGCGAGGACUCCGAGAUGGUGGCUGUUGGAGGCCAGGUCCCCCACCCAGGCCAAGUCCCACCUGGAGGGGCCAGCUCUGAGGGGAAGGGACUUCUCUCAGGGUCCAUGCUGCCCCCUCCACUGCCCCUGGGCUUACCCUACACUGUCAGCCCCUUCUUCCACACAGGCACCAUGGGGGGCCUCUUCAUGGAUGGGGAGGAGGCCACAGCCCCUGAGGACGUCAGCAAGUGGACAGUGGACGAUGUCUGCAGCUUUGUGGGGGGCCUGUCUGGCUGUGGAGAAUAUGCACCGGUUUUCAGAGAACAGGGGAUUGACGGGGAGACCCUGCCCCUGCUGACAGAAGAACACCUCCUGACCACCAUGGGGCUGAAGCUGGGGCCUGCUCUCAAGAUCCGGGCCCAGGUGGCCAAGCGCCUGGGCCGCGUCUUCUACAUGGCCAGCUUCCCCGUGGCUCUGCCACUGCAGCCACCGACAGUGCGGGCUCCUGAGCGGGAGCUCAGCUCAGGGGAGCAGCCCCUGUCCCCAGCAUUGGCCCCCUCCCCCUAUGGGGGGGUGCAUCCCCCGUCCAGCCGCGCCUCACCCAAGCAAGAGAAUGGAACCAUGGCUCUGCUCCCAGGGCCUGCAGACCCCUCCCAGCCUCUGUGCUGA